UUCUUAUUAGCCGUUCGUUUUAUCGCUUGACAUACAAAAACAUUAGUUGUUUCUCUGUGAAUAUGUGAGCUUAAAUUAUAAAAGAAUACACCAACAACCAUGCGUUUGUAUAUUUUUGGACUUCUAGUGUUGUGGUGUUCUUUGGAUGUAUCUGAAGGAUGUAAUGAAGCAUUGUGUGUCAGUAUCGUCAGUAAAUGUAUGUUGAUCAAAUCAUGUGAUUGUGACAUGACAGACAUAAGAAACUGUUCCUGUUGUAAGGACUGUAAUAUGUGCUUGUCAACAUUGUACACAGAGUGCUGCUCAUGUGUUGGAAUGUGUCCAGCACCUGACCCAGAAGAAGGUCUACACUUAACUAGUACUAUAGAAGAAUUGAAAGCUCCAAUACCAGAGCUGUUUGAUGUAUUGACAGAGGAGAAAGACAAGGAAAUGAGAUGGACGACAUAUACAUAUCCUGCACAUUACGAUGCACUUUAUUUUAAACCUGGUCAUGGAAUGUUAGAUGUCAAUUUUGGUGCUGCAGAAAAAGACCACAACAGAAAAAGUAUUAUUCAGCAAGGCAAUAAAGACGACAAUUGUACUGUAGCUUUCAUGUCUGACUGUCUGUCAUUAAAACGAUGUAAAAUGUCUUGCCAAUCUAUGGGAGCAUCCCGAUACAGAUGGUUUCAUGAACAUGGAUGCUGUCAAUGUAUUGGUACCGCAUGUAUUAAUUAUGGUCUUAACAAACCAAAAUGUCGCGUUUGUCCAGACGAGGAGGGUGAUGAUGAGGGAGAGGAGGAGAACGUAAAGGAGGUUGUGAAGGAAGAAAGUAUAAUAGAAGAACUUGUGGAUAAAGAAGCAGUGAUAAAACAAUUUGAAGGAAAACAUGAAGAUGACAAUGAGGAUGAAAUUAUUGAAGAUGAAAUAGACGAAUUUGAUAUCAAGCGUGUAUAAGAUGAACAGAUAAAUUUGAUAUCAAGCUUGUAUAAGAUCUGAAAUAGAUGAUUUUAAUAUCAGAGGUGUAUAAGAUCUAAAAAAUCUUAAACUAUGAUUCAACAUUCAGUCUUAUUAAUGUAUAUUUUGCAUAAAUCCAAAGACCACUAUUUGAAGAUAACAAUUUUUCAUUAUGUGAUUUGAGGUAUUUACAUGGACUAGUUAGUUAAUGUUAAAAUUGACCAGUUGAUAUUUGUCAAUUAUAUUCCUAAUAAGAGUGACGCUGCAAAAAGUUGGCAACUAUCAGUGGCAGAUCCAGAACUUUUUAUAAGGGGGGCCCACUGACUGCCAUAAGAGGGGGCCUGCUACAGUCAUUCUUCAGUGAUUCCCUAUAUUUAACCAAUUUUUUCCCACAAAAAGGGGGG